AUGACCAUGUCCAAACUGCGACGCUUACCGCACGAUCACUCAGCGAUUCAAGCUGAACUGGCGGGCAUGGACGCCCAGAUAUUGCACGAGAUGGAGGCAGUCAGCGACGCAACCAUGUGGGAUCUUCUGAAAGAAACCUUUGUUCCCGUUGAGAAUCGUCGUCGAUUCUUCCUGAUCUUCAUGGCUACGAUUUUCUCGCAAUGGUCCGGAGCUAAUGCCAUCACGCAAUACUCGCCAACCAUCUUUGGGUAUCUAGGUAUUAGCGGCGACGAAUCCACGUUUCUGGCUACUGGAAUAUACGGCGUAGUGAAAUUCGUCAGCACACUGGCCUUUGCUCUAUUCAUUGUGGACAUUAUCGGCCGAAGACAAUCUCUACUCACCGGGAUCAGCCUCCAAUUAGCAACCCUGAUAUUCGUUGGUGCCUAUCUGGGCGUCACUAAGGACAUGGCCAUUGCUGAAAUCGAGGCAACACGCAGCGCCUCAAGAGCGUCAGUCGCCGCCAUCGUGGCUAUUUUCCUCCACGCAGUAGCAUGGAGCAUCGGCUGGUUUAGCAUCCCCUACUUGGUCGGGUCGGAAGUGUUUCCAGUUCGAAUCCGGUCGUUGAACGUUUCCAUAUCGAUGGCCUUUCAUUGGGCGUUUUAUUUUGCUUGUUCGCGUGCAAUGCCUAGUCUUUUAGCUGGGACGCAGAAAUGGGGCGCGUUUGCGUUUUUUGCGUCGAUCUGCUUGAUAUCGUUUGUUUAUGUGUACUUUGCUAUGCCGGAUACCACAGGGAGGUCGCUCGAAGACUUGGAUAAUCUCUUCCAGCGACCAUGGUACUCUGUGUACAAGGUGGCUUACCCACCCGCUUAUGAUGACCAGACGAAGGGGAACUCAGAGAACGAGGAACAGGAUUAA